AAAAUAUACACUAUUGAAAUAUUUAUUAUAUAUACAUAUACUUUAAUUUGAAUUAGAUCAUAGACUUUCAAAGUGGAGGCUAAAGAGGAUCAAAUGUAAUCAAUGACCAAAUUGAAAUUGUGUAAUAGAUAAAUACAAAAUUAAAUGAUUAACAAAAAACUAAUGAUGUAUGUGUUUGACUUUUUAGGUCAUUAGGUGCACUGUUAGUAGUGUGAUAAGUGUGUCGACGAUAAAGGCCCACACGUAAUUAUAUGGAAGCAUAAAUACCUAACUCCAUCUAACUCCUCCAAAUACACCAAAGAAGGUUUAAAAAAACAAAUAAAAAUGGCUGGAGAGGAGUUCUUGAAACUGUUCGAGCACAACUGGUCGGAGAGACUGGUCUUCAAGAAAGACAAAGACUCUAUGAAACUCAAUGAAGAAGUUCCAGAGAAAACGGAAGAUAAAGAAGAUCAAGAUGUGAAGAAUUUUCUUGUAAAGAGGGCUAUGAGUGAUGAGACGAUGAUGAUGAUGAUGAUGACGAGUUCUGUUUCAUCAUCAGAUGGUUUCUUCUCAUCUCCUAGAUCGGUCUUAGCCGUUAAAGCAUCGCCGACGAAGCUCCAGACGAUUCUCUCCGGUAAAGAAGUCAACGAGUUCUCAACUGCGGAAAGAGACAGAGUACUUUCUGAAAAGUCAGAGAAGGAAGAACAAAGGAAGAAGAAGCAGAACGAUGUAAGAAGAAGAACGAGAAGGGGAAAGAGUAUGUCGGAUUUGGAGUUCGAGGAGCUUAAAGGGUUUAUUGAUCUUGGUUUUGUCUUCUCCGAGGAAGACCAAAGAGAUUCAGAGCUGGUCUCGAUUCUUCCUGGAUUGCAAAGGUUAGUGAAGAAAGAUGAUGGAGUAGGUGACGUAACAGAGGAAGAAGAAGACAUAAGCAACAUAAACAGACCAUAUUUGUCAGAAGCAUGGGAUCAUUGUGGAGGGAGAAAAGGGAAGAGGCAUAUAACGCCGGCGAUAAAGUGGAAAGUUCCAGCUGUGCCUGAGGUGAAAGAAGUUGAGUUGAAAGAUCAUUUGAAACAGUGGGCUCAUGCGGUGGCUUCCACUAUCAGAUGAUGAUGUUAACACACAGUUUGUAUUCUCUCAAUAUACGUUUGUGUCAGCUUUUGAUUGGUUACUUAAAUGAAUAAAAAGAUGACUAUUCACAUA